GGAAGAGAAGGAUGAUGAUGAUGACCAGGGGAUGGGAGAAGAGGAGAGCUACGAGGGGAGCGGAGACACCAACGAGCUGUACGAAGGAAAGGGAAACGUGACGGUCCCUGAGACCUCGGAGCCUGCUUCGGAGUUCGAGGAGAGCAUGGGAGCUACAGACUCCAGCUCCCAGAAACAGGCCGACUCACAGAGCGGUGAGGGGAGCAGCAGCACCACAAGUCCUUGCCCAUGGCCAUGUCCGAACCCCCCCCAAGAGAACUACUACAGCCUACCCCUAGUACUCUACCACCUUUUCCUUUUCCUUCUCUACCUCCUCCUCCUCCUCCGUCCCCAGCCUCAGCCUGGACCCCUGUCAGGGGUGCCUGCCCCAGUCCAUUCCCUGCCGACCCCCUGCCCCCACUCCUCUACAUUCAGCCUGGGACCCCAACCCACACAGAGGCUGUCUGCAAGUCAGGAGUGGCUUCGGAACAAUACCAGUGGUGAAGCGUCAACGGAUAGCCAGGCUGAGAUGGACUCUGCCCAGCCGUCAGACGAUGCCAGUGUUUCUUCCACAAGCCAGGAGCCCACCUCCAGCUCGGCCGGUCACAGCAGUGUGCAGCCCAAGCCCUUCGGCCGCCCCAUAGCCCAGCACUCUCUACCCAUGAGGACAUCCAACGGAGGCAGGACGCUCAUCCCCAGAGGAGGUAUGGGCUUCCCUCGAGCAGGAAGAAGCCCUUUCGGUAGAGGAAACCUACCCCGCUAA